AUAUGAGGCUAUGGCUUAUCCCUCCUCGUCGCCAAUGCUUUCACAGUUCUUCUCUCUGUUGGUGGAGGCAGAGAGUUGAGCAAUGGCUGCCGCGCUAAUCACCGCAUUACCUUGCCUUUUUCACAGCCGUCAUGGUCGCUCGUCUGCCGUCAUUGUAGCCAGGAAGAAGGUCCCAACAAGGAGCUCUGGUGGGUGCUGGUUGCGGAAUUUUUAUGCUCCUGAUGUGCAUUCUUCGGAGUUGCGUGCACCUUGUACGCCGUUUGAAUUCGAUGCGUGCGUUGAGGGUGAAGCGGAGGUGAACUCUGUACAGGGUGGCACUGUAUUGAAGGCAAUGAGAGAUGCUGGAGUCGGACUUUUAGCAUCAUUGGUUACCCUCGCUGCGAGUGUCCAGUCUCCUCUACCUGCUUUUGGCUUAGAAGGUACCCAUGAAGCCUCUCAAGCUGGUCGUGUGUCUGUGGAAACAGCUAAGUACAAUGUGGAUGCUCCGUCUACAGCGGGAAAAAAUUCGCUCUCCAUAGCAACAAGCAAUGAUGAGACUGUGUCACUGGGUGUAGCUCCUGAGGAUGUCACGUUACGGGAUGAGUGUACUGAAGAAAUUGCAAGUAGCGUGGUUCCCAUGGAGGAGGCAGUGCAGGAGGUUCCUAAUGAAUCAGUUAUCCAGGAAGCAUGGCAAGUCGUGAAUGAGAAUUUUCUAGACGCUCGUCAUAAUUCUUGGUCUGCUGAUGCGUGGCUGAAAAAGAAACAGGAGGUAUUGAAGAAUCCGAUUCGAAGCAGAAUGGCAGCUUAUGGAUCUAUCCGCAAUAUGUUGGCUAGUUUAGACGAUCCCUUCACUCGCUUUCUUACUCCCGAGCAGUUUUUACAACUCUCGAAGUACGAUGUGACUGGGAUUGGUCUCAACAUUGGAGAGUCAGCACCUGCUGCCGGUGAGCCAAACCUAAAAGUUAUUGGCAUUAUUCUUGGGAGCCCAGCCCAGCUUGCUGGAGUCAGACAGGGUGAUGAAUUGCUGGAAGUUGCUGGGAAUAGCGUCACUGGUAAGACAGCUUUUGAAGCGGCAUCGCUUAUCCAAGGUCCAAAGGGCACGAAGGUUUCCCUAAAGGUUCGACAUAAUCGAUGUUCUACUCCACAAGUUUUUGAAUUGGAGCGUCAGCAAGACGUGCGAUCACCAGUGUUUUAUCGUUUAGAACGUGUUCCGGGUUCGAAAGAAAUGACCGGUUUUAUAAAGUUGAAGGAGUUUAAUGCUCUUGCCAAGCGUGACCUCUUAACUGCGAUGAAGAGAAUGCAAGAUGCUGGUGCUACAUCUUUUGUGCUGGAUUUGAGAGACAAUCCAGGGGGUCUCGUGCAGGCUGGUAUUGAGAUCUCGAAACUUUUCCUGGAUGAAGGUGAAACCGUCAUAGAAACCGUGGGACGAGAGGCAAAGGCUGUUCGAAAUGUUAUUGCUACAACUCCACCCGUAACAAAUGCUCCCCUUACGAUUUUAGUCAAUGAUCACACAGCUAGUGCAAGUGAGAUCGUUGCUGCUGCUCUUCACGACAAUUGCAGGGCAGUGCUAGUGGGCAAAAGAACUUUUGGCAAGGGUCUGAUUCAGGCCGUAUACGAACUGAGUGAUGGAUCUGGAGUCGUGUUGACAGUAGGAAAAUAUGUCACACCCGGUCACCAGGACAUUGAUGGUGUUGGAAUUGAACCAGAUUUCAACCAACUCCCUGAUUCCAAUGAAGGACUGGGGAAGUUAGCUCAGUGCAAGAUGAUGAAGGCUUCUGCAAAUUCUUCCUAAAAUCCAACUUUGCCUUAGUCACGGAAAAGUUAUAGAAACAAAUUAAUCUGGUUCAAAACAGGACAAGUUUGUAGAAUCAACCAUUUGAUACGAGUUUUGUUCUUUACUCCUAUUUGCACUUGGAUA